CGCGGUUUUGCAUCAUAGUUGACAAAUAGAAUUGUAUUAACCGACUUAUUAGCUACCUUGAUUAGUCAUACCCUACUACACCUCACUUAGGGGAAAACUGGUGCUGUACCGGAAUUAUAAAGCCUUGAAGAGAAAGAGACAGAAACAUUUUGAAUUUAGAUUUUAGAAAAUGAAGACCGCUAUUAUAGCAGCAGGCUGUUUUUGGGGAGUCCAAGAAAUUUACCUACGAAAAUUUGUGCCUCCUGCAGCCAUUCUUAAGACGACAGUUGGCUAUAUUGGUGGCCAUAAGCCUACUCCCUCUUACAAAGAAGUAUGUACGAAUACAACUGGUCACGCGGAGGCAUUGAAGAUUGAGUACGACGAAAAACUGACUUCGUACGAAAAAAUACUCCAAUUCUUCUUCGCCAUGCACGAUCCCACGCAGCUCAAUCGCCAAGGCGGUGAUGUUGGCACGCAGUAUCGUUCAGCAAUCUUCACGCUCUCCGAUGAGCAGAACAAAAUUGCUCGAGAAGUAAUGAAACAGGUCCAAGAGAAGCAUUAUCCCAAUCAACCACUCGCAACAGUAAUUGAGCCUGCUGGUCAGUGGUGGAACGCGGAGGACUAUCACCAAGACUACUUGGAAAAGAACCCGUCUGGAUACCGUUGUCCAGCCCAUUACCUUAGAUGGAAGAUUGAAUAACGUAGAAUGGCAAUGGAAGAGAGAAUCACUUUUUUGGAAUUGAAUGUUUAGUAAAGUUUAAAUUGUCUUUUGGGGUAUAGAAAGAUUACUCAGUAUGUUCCUUUUCCAGUUGUUGAAAGACAUGGUCGAUGGUGGGGCCAACCUUUUCAUAGGCUGGCGUGUUGCGAAUACCAGUGAUGGAGGCUUCAAGUUUGUCGAGCUGAGCUUGUAGCAGUUCAAUUGUUUCGUUAGUACCAUUUUUUUCUUUUGCCAGAUCUUGCUCCAACUGUGCGAUUUCCGCGUCGACUUCUGCGAGAUGAGCCUCCAGUUUUUGAAGAAACAACUGUUUGUAAUUGUAAAAAUGUGCUAAGAGUAUGUCUUCAGGAUUUUUUUGUGAUACGUUUAUAGGGACGGCGCCCGAACUUUGACGUGCUUUGGCCUUGGCAAUACAUUCAUCCAACAAAUCUAACUUGCGAUACAAAUCACGCUCUUCAAUAAGUUUCGCGUACUCCUUACUGCAAGCACUGCGAAAGAAGUUCGUAAGUUGCGCAUGAAUACCGGCGAUGACCUUCCCCUUUUUGAAGUUUGGAAAACAUUGAGCAAACUUUUCCAGCGAUAUGUGGGCAACCGUUUCGGAAAGAGAAAGUUGGAGUACUUUGUCGAGUUGUUCCUUUCGACUUGUCAUGACAAAUGUAUACACGAGCGAGUCAACAAAAUGAUAUAAUGGAGCGUAUACGCGGACGUAUUCACAAGGAUAUUCGCAAGCAAUACUACAGAGCUACAAAUGACCGGGGAUACACUGUUACUGUAAUAGGAAACGACAGUUCGCUCGCAACCCGUUGCUUAUAAUUAAGCAUUCAAAAGAACGGUAUCUUUAGUAGAAAAAUAGGCUACCAAGGACAAUACCGCAACAAGGAGACCAACGACAGCAGCGAGCAGGCUUUGUAUCUCGUUUCGGUUGUAGGAAAAGACUGUCGAAACACGGUCUACGAUGAUUCCAAGGAGUACGCAGAGAGCAAUAAAAUUGUAGUCUUUAUCGCCAAAAAGACCCGAA